AUGGCGAGCAUUCAACACCCCCAAUCAGCGACUACGGUCUUUUUAGACCAGCCACCCAGUUGCCUGGAGUUCUGCCCCGAGGCCCCCGACCAUUUCAUCGUGGGCACCUACCUUCUAUCAGAGAACAAGACCGAAGAUGGAGAAAUCCAGCAGGCCAAAACCGGGAGUCUCCAACUGUGGAAAUUAGAUCCUGUUAGCAAAACAUUAACCCAAAUCCAAAGAAUUGCCGUUCCAUACGCUGUUUUUGACCUGCACUUCCACCCAAGAAACAAGAACCUAUUCGCAAUUGCAACUAGCGUAGGAUCAGUGGCUCUAUUCCAAGUCUCCACUGCCGGAGAUACAUCCGCAUCCCCAAGCAUCACCCAAAUAUGGACAAAGCAAGUACAUGAAGACCCAUCAAUCCCAGCACUGUUCCUCGCCUGGGCACCGCAAAACUGGUUCCCCCAGCCAGCAGCAGAUGGCUUCGCCGUCACAUUCUCAGAUAGCCGAACAGCCGUCUUCGGGACAGAAGGCGAUGUCCGCCAAGAAGAAUGUGUGACAGAAUGGGGCACAUAUGAAGCGAAACAGAUGAUCGAAGUCUGGUUCGUUGCAUUGUCAACAAGCAGAGCAAACCCAAAUGCCGAGACCCAGAACCCGUCUGCGAUCCCGUUCAUGUUCACGGGUAAUGACUUCGGCUCGCUACACACCCGUCGAUUCGAUAAUACUACCGACUUGGAUGAUCCGGACGAGCAUAUCUCGCCUAUGCUGCUCGAGCAUGAUGAUCGGGCUCGACACCACACUGCCGGUGUCACUGCUAUAUUGCCUCUUGAUGUUCCCUUGGUCGAUGAUGCCCCGGUGCUUCUGACAGGUAGCUAUGACGAGAGUCUGCGUGUGUACCAGGCUACCCGGAGGGGAGAGGUUCUCGCCGAGGAAGGUCUUGGUGGUGGAGUCUGGCGACUGCAGUUACUGAAUACGACGAAGAUUCCUGGCUCGGAUGACCCGUCGGAUGUAUCUGAGCACCGAUUUUCGGUGCUGGCAAGCUGUAUGCAUGCCGGGACGAGGCUUGUGCGGGUUACGUGCAAGCAGGAAGAUGGGGCUUCGAAUUGGGGGAUUGAAGUACUGGCGAAGUUUACCGAGCAUGAGAGUAUGAAUUAUGCCAGUGGCGUAUGGGAGGGUCGACAGGAAACGACCCGGUCUUCUGAGGUUUUGUGUGUGUCGAGCAGUUUCUAUGAUCGCAGGCUCUGUGUUUGGACUGUUGAUAUAUAG